AUGCCGCCUAUCAUUGACUCCGACUCUGACGAUGAACUGUUGAAAAAUCGGAAGAAAACCGUCGAGGGCAAGGCCGGCAAGGCCAAAAAACAUGUCCGGAUUGAAGAAGACUACAACGAGGACGGCAACUCUAUGAGUGAGGGCGACGAGAACAUCUUCAGCGAGGACGAAGAUGGUGCUGAGAGUCGUCCUUCCAGCAGCAAAAAGAAGAAGAAAAUUGCCAACAAAAACCUGAUUGGAGCCAACGGUGGGUAUGCGUGGGAAGAGGACAUCCAGAGAAGUUGGGAUCUCGUUAAAGUCGACGAUGAGGGCAACAUAGCUGCUCUGGUAUCGAGCAUCAUCGAGGCUCGCAAGAAGCGUGCCAGCAACAAAAAUAUGACACCGUUCCAACGCGGGAUCAUCCGGACCCUAGUUCUGGUGCUUGACUGUAGCGAUGCAAUGACCGAAAAGGACCUGAGGCCAAACAGGUACUCCAUGACCAUCCAGUACGCACUGAACUUCGUGCACGAGUUUUUCGACCAAAACCCGAUCUCGCAAAUCGGCAUCGUGUGCAUGCGAAACGACUUGGCACAGCUUGUGAGUCAGGUUAGUGGGAACCCACAGGACCACAUAGAUGCACUUAAAAAUAUUCGCAAGCAGGAACCCCAGGGCAAUAGUUCGCUGCAGAAUGCGCUGGAAAUGGCACGCGGGCUGCUGCUGCACGUCCCAGCGCACUGCACGCGUGAGGUACUGAUCGUAUUUGGCGCGCUGUCAAGCACGGACCCGGGCGAUAUCCACCAGACGAUGGGGUCGCUGGUUCAAGAGCGAAUCCGGGUGCGUGUCAUUGGGCUGUCUGCACAGGUUGCUGUGUGCAAGGAGCUGUGCAAGCAGACCAACUACGGCGACAAUUCUUUCUAUGGCGUGAUUCUGAAUGAGGUUCACUUCAAGGACUUGUUUGCGGACGCAGUCACACCGCUGCCGGUCAACAAGAUCAACAAGGGCUUCACACUGGUCAAGAUGGGCUUCCCAACCCGGGUCUACGAAGACAUGCCGUCGUUUUGCACGUGCCACUCCAAGCUGAUGUAUGGAGGCUACUUCUGUCCCAACUGCAAGAGUAAAGUGUGCUCGCUGCCCACCGUGUGUCCGUGCUGCGACCUGAUGCUCAUUCUGUCAACACAUUUGGCCCGGUCCUACCACCAUCUGAUGCCGCUAAAAACGUUUCAAGAGGUUGGUGUGACCGAGACAUUUCCCACCGACACUUGCUUCAGCUGUCAAAAGCGCUUUCCGCGCCUGAAAAACCGCAAAUCCCACGAGCUGCUUACUAGUUCGCGCUACCGGUGUGCAGACUGUCACCACGACUUUUGCAUUGACUGCGACGUGUUCAUACACGAGAUUUUGCAUAACUGUCCGGGCUGCGAGUCGCAGCCCGACGUCUGA